UCCUUGUCAUAAAAGGGAUAGAAUUUUUUUAAAGAGCCAUAUAAAACAGACCGGGAGAUGUGCAUAGAUGUUAAGGGAUGCGUUUUAUGACUGCAUAGGUAGUUGCCACCUCUCCUUAAUAUAGAAACUGCGCAGAUUUCAGUUACUUUCAAAAUAGGCGUUUCUUUCAUGUGUUUUUGGAGGGAGUGGAAAUAAAGAAGCACAGCUUGAAAGGGGGCAUGAAAAACCCUAGCAAUGGAGUCGCCUUUUGUAAUCCCUUUUUCGUCUCCCAGAUAUGGAAGUUCUGAAAUGCUUAUUAUCAGAAAGGAACCUGCAGAUCCAAGCAAACCAAAUGCUUAUUAUGCGGGCCAAUUGCUUCAUAAAUUUUUUGAUAAGCAUGCGCAGAAACCGUUGGAAUUGCUGCAUUUCCUUCGAGGGAAAUACAUGGCCGCAUGAGGUGUUUGCCUGGGGAAUACGGACUAAACCCCUUCUGCAUACAUGCUAUCCGCUUUACGAGUUACAGUAUUUGCGAACCCUACAACUUGGUUUGGAUAAAGGCCUGCCUUCCUCUGAAGGACACUAUCCAAUGCAUCUUAGAGGCGAUUGUACUACACAGCAGAUAUGGGAUGGUACAUGCCUAAGAAAAAACAAAGAAGGAUGGUUUGCAGGUAUAAUGUUCAGUGGCCAUUAAAUUUGAGGUGAUCAAAAUUGUAUGAAGAAAUAAAAAUAGAGGAAAAACUUGAAUCAACAAGAAAUGAUAAAAGUGAAUUCACAUAAUCGUCACAUACUGCAAUUAUGGAAAGCAAAUAUAGAUUGACAACCCAUUCUUUCUAAACAUGCAGUAAUCAAGUACAUUGCAAAAUAUGCAACGAAAGCUAAGAAAAGCUCAAAAACAUAUCACCAUAUAUUGAUGCAUCUUUCAAACAUGCAAAACUCUAAUGGUUUAGUUGCAUGAGCAUAUAGAAGGUUUCUGAUAGAAACUGUUAUAGAAAGAGACAUUAGAGUUCAAGAAACAUGUCACAUACUUUUAGAACUUUCGUGAU